AUGUUCAGAAUUGUUGCAGAUCCCGCUCCGGUAAGCGCUCCACCGUUUGGUGCAAUUCCGGUGAAUCCGUUUGGAAAUUUCGCUGCUCCUCCGCCAUCGCUUUACGUGGGUACUGAUGUUGCGAGUCCAGUAAUUGCUCCACAGCCAACACCGACCAGCUUCUAUCUUAUACCGGCCGCUGCAGCUGGUGGCUGGGCACGACCAGUAAUCGCCCCAGGAGUUGUCCCGCCCGGCAACAUUUUGCCGCAGUUAACGCCGAUCGACGUGGAAGCCUGGGCAAAAGCUAACAAACAGUUGCAACAAACAAAGCUCAAAGCAAAGACACCGCAGAACCGUGUCCCACAGCUGCGUGAAGAAAUGGUCAUACGCAACAGCGAUUCUGGAAAAAAUAAGUACAGAAUAUCAUUGCAAGGAAUAUCCUUGCCACUUUGCUACAAAUAUCUUGGAAAUGCCCUGUCACAAGCCCAAAUCGAGACUCAUUUUAUUUAUGCUAUUUCCUAG